AUGUCAGCAAACAAGUCUAGGAUAAAUCGCACUUGCUUCGGUGUGCUAGUUUGUCACGACGAUAAAAAAUUCGGUGGAAUUAUUGGUAUGGGAAAACGAUAUAUCGAUGUAUUUGGAAAUAAGAGCAACCCUGAGCAAGAAGAAUGGCUUAUAUUUUCCACAGUUUACGGCGAACUGUCGUCGGAAAAAGAUUUAGAUACUUUCACCGGUUUCUUCAUUUCCGGAAGUCCUCUGCUUCCAAACGAAGACCUUAAGUGGAUCAACGAUUUGAAGACAUUUAUCCGAAGAGCUUUCCAACACCCUGCUAAGCCUCGUCGUAUUGUUGGCGUCUGUUUUGGACAUCAGGUUAUCGCCUCGGCACUAGGGGGAAAAGUAACUUCCUCUCCGUCGAAGAAAUUUGUUCUGCAAAGCGAGAAGAUCAAAUCUAAGGAACAUUUUCGCUUUCAAGGCCACAAAGCUUUCAGAGAGCUUUUCGAGAGCCAUGAUUCUCUACGAUUGCUUGAGUCUCAUAGAGAUUUUGUUGAAAUCCUCCCUGCUAAAGCUCUAAGUUUGGCGAGCUCUACAACCUGCGAACAUGAAAUGGUUCAGUUCACGGAAAAUAUAUUUGGAAUUCAAGCUCAUCCAGAAUUUAAUGUGCAAGAUUACAAAGAAGUGAUAAUUCCUGGUAUGUUGGCUAGAGGUAAAAUUGACCAAAAAGGACAAAGAUUUUGCGAAGAAACUCUUAAUCUGCCAUUGGAUUCAGUAAAAGUUUUGGCUGCAUUGAAGAAAUUUGCGUCCAAAGAGGAUACUUGACAAAUAGAAAGAACAUUGUAAAGUUGACGAGGGAGUCAGUGCCAAAUUAUAGCUAUUUUUGUCAGAAAGGAUAACUGUCUACAUUAAGGGAAAAGUUGCAUGAUAUGAGUAUUAAAGGUUUAUUUAAUCCGUUGAUUUUUGUUUUGGUCUCUAGGAACAACGUAUAAGGUAUGGAGAGAUCGCAAGCUACGCAUGUCACUCGUUUUCAUUCUAAUAGACAUAGGGUGCGUUCCUUUGGAGUGAUCCGGAUUAGGAUCAGUGAUCCGAGAUCACUUGGAUCAUGGUAGAUCAAAUGAACCGAUGAAUCCACUCUGGACAAGGAUUCGUCGGUUCUUUUGAUCUACCAUGAUCCGAGUGAUCUCCGAUCACUGAUCCUGAUCCGGAUCAUCCCAAAGGAACGCACCCAGAGCGAUGUGCCCACCAUUACAAUCUGCGUUCUGCCGCACGAUGGGGAACUCUUGAUAGUAGUCCUCUAGUCCGAGAGUCUCCAUCCAAAAAGGGGACUUGUUUUUGGCUUCCAGGCCCAGUUCUUCGAAGGUCGAUUAGCGCUAACCCGGGAGAAAAUUUCUAAUCCUGGCUUCUUUUUCUUUUGUUCAAUUUGAAUUGUGACUCUGACGAGUGUUCUGUCUGUGACGAUUGUUGUGACCCUGAAGAGUUUUGUUUUUAAGCUUUCAUAUCUGAAUUCAAAUUUCGCACUAACCCUGGUUUAUCUGAACCCAGUUUUGAACAACCCGGCCCUGCAUGGUAUUUUAAAAUAUAACAGGAUAGGCGCUUUCAUGAUCGAUAAGAAAGGUUAGGGAUUAGGUAUUAAAAAAGGCUUUUAAUGCCCAAAAUAUUUCGAAUGAGAAGCAGAAGCACGUCAGGACCGAAUUUUUUUCUUAUUUAUUACACGCUACAUGAGAAUGACAAGACGGUUUCCCUGCUUUAGCGAAUUAUUCACAAGUUUAGUAAUAGCCUGGGAAUACAACCGCCUUGAAAGGUACACGUGCAUUCUCUCUUGGCAUCUUUCAAUAAAUAAAGAUACGCGUAUACGGAAGGCAUCCCUUUUCGGUGUCAAAAAUAGUAUAUAAAUGGGUAAGGUUUAAUUACGCCAUAUGUAGGGCAGUGCCUCCACAUAUAAAACUUCGUUGAGUAUCCCUUAGUCCGCUACACAGCCGUUUUUUAGUGUCGUCACGCAACACUCCUCCCCAUUAGUGGGGAGGAGCGUUGCGUGACGACACUAAAAACGGCUGUGUAGCAGACUAAGUAUCCCUCGGAGCUUUGUUACCUUCGCUAGUGUCGGAGUCAGAGUCGGGAUCGAAGUUGAAGUCGGGUGUCGGGGUCGAAAUCGACGUCUGAAUCAGAAACACUGUGUUCCAAACCGAAAUAUCGAACAAAUAGAAUUCAACAUGUAAUUUUUGUUUUCUUUGUUUACAUUUUUCUAUCACUUUUCCUGCUGUAAGGAUCAGUUUACCUGUUUUAAUUUAAAAAUUUGGCCUAAAUCAGAGUCGGAGACGGAGUUAAAGUCGAGUUGGCCUUGAAGCUUGGAGCACCGGUAGUAGCUGGAGUCGGAGUCGUAAACGGAAUCGGAGGCGGAGUCGUUGUCGGAGUCGGAAUCGAAGUCGGAGAGAUAGAGAGAGUUGAAGAGUGGAAGUCUGAGUUGAAGCAGAAGAGUACGCGAAGUUGUAAGAGCGCUUAUGACCUUGUCGGUGACAAUAAAAAAUCAGAGUAU